GGAGGACUCUAGAAUGUUGGGCCCGUGGUUGCCAUAGCAACGGGGAGGCUGGGUAGCCCAGAUUCAGCCCAGGGAGACCCAAGGAGGUCCAUGACAUUCUGUCAUGAACAGUGACACAAGGAACUGCAGCGCUAGGGCACAUCUGGGCGGCGCUCCGUUCACACCUGGUCUGCACCUGGUCUCAUCCUGGCUUCACAGGUACUUAGAAGAACAUGUAGUAGAGUUUUUCAUCAAACAAAUGGAACAUACCACAGAACUUUGCUAAGAUGGACAACUCAGCACGCAAAGACCAACACCCUGACAAAAAAUAUUCCAGCCAUGCCAGCAAAUUACAGAAAGGUUUUACUGCUGCAUAUCCAACACAAUCCUCCAUUCCUUUUAAAAGCCGGACUUCAACAAUUCCAGAAUCAGAAAAAAAGGGAUUCAAUAGUCAAGCCAAGAGAUUUUAUUAUAAAAAGGAUAGCAUCCCAGGUCCGGGGUUCUACAACGUCAUUCACCAAUCUCCAGUGUUCGACAGUGCCUCGUUGUCUAAGAAAGGGACGUGCACUUUUCCCUCUAUGCGCGCCCGGUUGGACACUAUCAUUUCUCGAUACCCUGCAGCGAACGCAUACACUAUCCCAUCCAGUCUUGUCUCGAAGAAAGACUUCAGUAAUUCCUGUUCCAGCAUGUUCCAGUUGCCAAGCUUUGCCAAAGUCCUCAAAUUUGAAACUCCUGCACCAAACCAGUAUAAUACCUCUGUCUCUUACUGCAAGCAGAGAAACAACAUCUGUGCCCAAGCCGGGUUUCUGUCCAAAACCCAGAGAGGAUUUUUCAGUGUCGCUGAAACGGGACCUGCCCCAGGACAUUAUAAUAUCAACGACUCCCUUGUGAAGCAGUCGCCAAAGGUAUUAAUGUCUUGUUUUAAAUCAAAAACUGAACGUGGAUUAAAACUGACAUCAACGGGCCCUGGACCUGGUUAUUACAACCCCAAUGAUCACACCAAGAUUCUGAAAAAGACUCUUAUCCCGAGAAACCCCAUCCUGAACUUCUCGGCGCAGCCUUUGCCCCUGCCCCCGAAGCCGCCCCUCCCGGGCCCCGGGCAGUAUGAGAUCGUGGACUACGCAGGGCCCCCCAGACACUUCAUCUCCAGUGCGUCAUUUGUGUCCAACACCAGCCGGUGGACAGCGGCCCCGUCCCAGUCAGGCCUGCCAGGCCCAGCCACGUACAGGCCGGAAUUCCCUGGAAAGCAGUCCUUUCUCUACAACGAGGACAACAAAUGGAUCCCGGUGCUGUAGGGCCCUCACACAAGCUCAGGGAGGACCCUGGCCAUCAGCUGCCCCACCCAGGAUCGCUGGGACGUUCAUUCAGA